AUGCUCACUGUUAAGCAGCCAACUCACUACGGCUACAAGUCCGUCCAUGACCUACCAACUCCGCCUUCGACUUCCCGACCUUCGCCUCCACUGUCUUACCAAGACCACCCUUCUCACAAGCUGCUUCCCUCUAUUCCCCGCAGUCACAGUCCACCUGGCCAGCCCAUGUCGACGCAUCAUCGUGGUCUGCCUCCCCCGGCGGCCAUGACUCUGCCCCCUCAACCGCCUCACUCGACUGCUGCUCCUCCUCCCCCGCCACCCCCGGCGCCUCAGCCCAUCAGCCAGCCUCCGUCAACUCACAGUCAUGCAAUGGGCCAGUUGCCGGGCCCCCCGCCUCAGUGGCAGGGUGCCGAGGAUUCCAUGAGAAGUUGGUUGGCCGCCAAGACUGAGGAGGAGCGGAGAAGACAGGAGGAGGAGAAGACCAGACAGGAAUCUUUGCGCCUCGAGCAGCGACGCAUCGAGGCCGACAUGCUGCGGACCUCUCUGAGCGGCGGAAUUCCCCCACCCAUCGUGCCGCUGGUCUUCGCCGGCAUGGGGGGUGGUGUUUUGCCUCCGGCGGCUUUGGAAUGGGCACAACAGUUCCUGAACCCUCAUGGUCAGCCUCAGCAUCACCAAUUGCUUCCUUCUCAAGGGCCUCUGUCGCCUGAUCAUCGCCGUGAUUCUCAGUCACAGCCAUACGGGCAGUACCCUGGUGUUCCCUCGACUCCAAGCUCGGCCCCCGGGCCGCAUGGGUUCACGGCAUACCCAGGCUCUCCGGGAACGAGAGGCAGGGCUACGACGCUGUCCUCUACUGGCUCGAUUUCUCGACCUCUCGGAUCAUCGAAUUUGCCAAGCCUAAACACAAAUGUGCCGCAGUCCGGCUCGCACGGCUCGUCGACAAUGCAGAGUCACCAGGCUCACUCAACUGCCCAGUCUGCGGCAGCUCAGCAAGAGGCCCAGCCCAGCCCGUCCAUUUACUUUCAUCAUUGGCAUCCGCCCACAUCUCAAGCCGGAGGAGGCUCUACACAGCCUGCGACACCCUCCGGUGCGUCCAGCAAGACCAAGAGAAAGCGAGAGUCGCUUUAG